UAUAACAAGCCACACACAGGUGACCUCCUGGGUUUCUUUAGGGUUUACAGUCACCAGUUAUUUAUGUGGAUUUAUGUGACCAUCGUGCAAUCUGGAGCCCGUCCGCUGAAGGGGAAGUCUCAAAAUGUGCAUGAGUGUGCCAGAAAUGAGUUGCACUUUCCACCUCCUGGUUUCCCGCAGCGACUUCUACCAUGGCCGUUUUCUGCUCGUCCCGUCUCGAGGGCCUCUGUUGCUCAGAGCGCUCAGCUCAAUGCACCAGAUCAGCCGCAGCCUGCAAGAGAGCUACAGGCUUCUGCAACUGCCCGACAAGGGACACAGCAGCCCUGUGCAGGUGAAAGAGGCCUACUUGCGCCUAGCCAAAAUCUAUCACCCGGACUCGGGGGCUCCGACUGCCGACGCAAAGCUGUUUGCUCAGGUCGAGGAGGCCUACCGUGCUGUGCUGACACAUCAGAGCAAGACCAAGCAACCUGACGGAGGGAAGGAAAUGGAAGAUGAGGAUAAGUCCAGAGGUAAAGCAUUUCCACACAGACACUACCUCAGCUACGAGGGUGUGGGUUCGGGCACGCCCAGCCAGCGUGAGCGUCAGUACCGGCAGAUUCGUGUGGACCGGGCGUCCGAGCAGGUUUUGGACUACCGGCAGAGGGAGCACGAGAGGGCAGCAGCCGCAGAGGGGGCGCUGGUGGAACGGGACCUACGUCAGCGCAGCCGAAAGAUCAAGAUCACCCAGGCUGUGGAACGGCUUGUGGAGGACCUGAUCCAGGAGUCCAUGGCCCGAGGAGACUUCAGGAACCUGAGUGGAGCUGGAAAGCCUCUCAACAAGUUUGAGUACAAUCCAUACGCGGAUCCUAUGACCCACAACCUCAACCGCAUCCUCAUAGACAAUGGUUACCAGCCAGCCUGGGUCGUCACACAACGCGACAUCCGAGAGACCGUUGCUCAGGUCCGAAAUAGGUUGUUGGCCGGAAGGGCCAGGCUCGGUGACCCCAUGACCCCCAAACAGCACAGCCAAUGGGAGCAGCUGUGUGCAUCCGUAGAGGAGGAAUUGGUGAAACUCAACAAGACGGUGGACAAUUACAACCUCAUCGUACCGAUGCUCAACAUGCAAAUGGUUCACUUCAGUUUGUCACGAGAGAUGGACCGUGCUGAGGAAGGAGCUCACCAACAAAGACUGGAGCAGCAGAGAGAGAGAGAAAAGGAGAGGGAGAGGAGGAAGGAGGAGAAGAAAAGAGCCAACGCACUUACUAAGAAUAAAAAUACCGAACAAGGCCUGAUGUCCUGGGUGAAGAAUUUGCUCAGAUUGAAACAGUAAACCUCUGAAUCUUAGUGAACAGAAAAAGAUUUAAGUUUAGAUCGUUUAUUUAUUUCUUUUAAUUUUAACCAAUCAUUACAGGCCAUGGGAUAAUACUACAGAAAGACUCGUUCAACCACUUAUUUCUAAAAACUCUGAAUCAAAGUCUGAGACAAUGGUGCUACUUUACCAGUUCUACUCAGUGUUUCUGCUGUAAUUGUCCAGAUAUGUGUGAGUGUCUGCAGGUGUUUGGGGAAGAACAUUAUUGGUCAAUCAUGGUUACCGGACCGUUAAGUCCCAGGAGCUGCACGUGUUGACAACGUAGAUUACAGCGAAAGACAAUUUUAUGAUCAUGUUGUUUCUAUGACAUUUUUGUGAUCUGGAAAU